AUGAGCCCUCGUAGCUCCGCAGGAGAAGACAUGCUCUCCACCUACUUGUACGCCACUAGGAGUGUCGCUGACCGGCUCGUCGACGGUACCCGACGCGUCCUCCGAAGCGACAAGAACAAAGCUUCGGUGAACCGACCCACGGCAAUAACGCAAGGUGGUCAAGAGAAUGAGAAGGGCGAUGAUUUCGCCGUGACUAGACUCGAGAAGGAGAUGGACAAGAUAACGGACCGGGUGCUCCUCAGCGACGCCCAAGCAUAUCAACGAGGACUCCAGGACGGAACUCUGUCGUAUGCCUAG